GCAGCGUUGCCAUGGGGAUGGGCCCGAGCGAUCGCCAUGGCAACGGAGGCGGUCGGGCCUGGGGCGGAAAAAGCGGGAAAAGGUCGCCGAUGGCCGAGCCCCGCCCGGGUUCUCCCAGUGCUCCCAGUGCCCCCCAGUGCUCCCAGUUGCCCCGUCCCAGUCUGGAGGGGCUCAUCCCCCCCUCCCACUUUGUGCUGCGCCCCAGGUCCCUGGGGGCAGAGCUUGAUGCAGAAAGGGAGCGUGUCCAUGAAUUGGAGGCAGAGCUGAAAGCACUGAGGGGGCGGAGCCAACGCCAGGAGGCGGAGCUUGAGGCAGAAAGGAGGCGGGGCCAGCACAUGGAGGCGGUGCUUGAGGUGGAAAAGGGGCGGAGCCAAUCCCUGGAGGCAGAACUUAAGUCAGAAAGGGGGCGGAGCCAAGCACUGGAGGUGGAACGCGAUGUCCUGAGGGGGCGUGGCCAGCGAGUGGAGGCAGAGCUGGAGGCGGAAAAGGGGCGGAGCCAACUCCUGGAGAUGGAGCUGGAGACCCUGAGGGGGCGGGGCCUUGACCCAGAGGGGGCGGAGCCAAGCCCAGAACAGGUGCUGCUGGGCCGCUGGCGCCAGAAGGUUUUCCAGCUGCUGCUGCAGGUGAGGCUGCAGCAGGGCCAGGAGCUGCAGCUGCAGGGACAGGUGCGCUCCCUGGGUGCUGCAGUGGCCGCCGGGUCCCGCCAGGUGUCACUGUUGGAGCUGCGACUGCGCCGGGGGGAGCAGGAGAGACAGGCCCUGUCCCAGGAGCGGCUCCGGGCGGAGGCAGCCGAAGAGGAACUGGGGAAACUGAGUCAGGCCCUGAGCCGGCUGUUGGGGACACUGGGCGUGGCCCUGGCUGAUGUCACCACGGCCGUUGGGGCCCUGGGGACCCUCAGUGAGCGCCUGGAACAGGCCCAGCACCGACUGCAGGUGCUGGUGGCCUCAGGGCGGCUCCGGUGGCAGCGGGAGCCGGAGGGGACAGCGGGGGACAGCGGUGCGGUGACCCUGGAGGUGACACCAGAGCAGGUGACAGGGUGGCACCGAGGGGACACUGGGGGUGGCUCUGUCCCCAGGCUGUCACCCCCAUGUCCCCCCCAGGCCACCAAGGGCGGGGACAGGACCCGGCCACGCCCAGGCACAGUGUCCCUGGCCCCGCUGGUGACGCAGCUCCAGGCCCUCGGUGCCGCCAUCCUUGGGGACACCGGGGACAUCGGGGACCCCGCGGUGCCAGCGCCCCCGUGGGGACACCAGUGACAUCAUCGGCGACACAGGUGACAUCAUCAGGGAGCGCUGGCACUGGAGGGACAGAGAUGACAUCACUGUGGUGGUGGUGAUGUCACUAUGCUGAUGUUGGUGACAUCAUGGUGAUGACAUCAUGGCUCUGCCCCA